CACAUCUUCAUUGCUUCAGCGCCCAUUCAAGCAACAGUACUCUCUCUUCUACCUUGCUCUCUCUCUCUCUCACUCCCUCCCUGCAAAUUCAUGACGACGGAGACCGAUCUUGAGCUUCAACAAUCUCCAAUGGCGGAACAACAGCCAAGCUCCUUCAAUCUCCCACCGUAUCCUCAGAUGAUCAUGGAAGCGAUCGAAGCAUCAAGCGACGCGAACGGCUGCAACAAAACGACGAUCGCGAAGCACAUCGAGUCAACUCAAACCGCCGCUCUACCUCCGUCUCACAUGACGCUCCUCAGCUACCACCUCAACCAGAUGAAACAAUCCGGCCAGAUCGCGAUGGUGAAGAACAACUACAUGAAGCCAGAUCCGCACGCUCCCCCCAAGCGCGGCCGCGGCCGUCCUCCGAAGGCGAAACCCCAGGGAGAUUCGAGCCACGUGGCGGCACCACCAGCUCCUCCCGUUACUUCGCCGAGGCCUAGAGGUCGCCCUCCCAAGGCGAAGGAUCCUUCAUCGUCGGAGGUGGAAGCGAAGGUUGUAUCACCGAGUGGUGGUUCCGGGAGGCCACGUGGACGACCACCGAAGAAGCAGAAGACGGAAUCCGAGGCGGUUAAAGCCGAUGUUGAGCCUGCGGAGGAAGCUACGGCUCCGGCUAGUACUGGGGAGCGUCGAGGGCGUGGAAGGCCACCGAAAGUGAAGCCUGCGAUGGUGCCUGUUGGUUGCUGAGGUUGAGACUUGAGCUAAUAAUCGAAUAAGCUUUGAUUAGAAGCUUAAGCAACAAAAAAAAAAGUUCUUUUUAAAAUAAUUAGUAUUUUUCUAAGUUGAGUUUAAUGGUUAAUUGUGUGUUAUUUUAAUUUUAGGGGUUGAGUAGCGUUAAAAAAAUGUCGUCUGAGAAAAUGUAAUUCGUGUUUGCAUGUGGUGGUGUGAUGUAUAAAUUUCGGGUAUUUCUUUACCCUUUUCUUAAA